AUGAAUAUCACCGGCUCGGUGAUUUCUGCUCCGGUGCAAACCAACUUUAACCUGAACCAUAUGCCAUCUUACUACAAAAGAAUUGUGCUUGCAUCUCGUCCUGAAGGCGAUAUCGAGCCAAAUACCUUCCGCACCGAACUCCAUCCAUUGUCUGGGUUGUCUGUUGGUGACGGGGAAAUUCUAGUCCAAGUAACAUGGCUUUCUCUUGAUCCUGCCAUGAGAGGCUACCUUCGAGAUGCACGAAGCUAUCUUCCUCCAGUCAAAAUUGGCGAAACUAUGCGGUCUCAAGGUCUUGGCGUUGUCAUCAAGGCAGGAAAUGGGAGUUCUGUUCCGGUUGGUCAAAUUGUGGCGGGCCCAUUUGGUGAGCCUAUUCUUCUACGAGUGACUCUGCUGAAGCUCGCAGGAUGGACGGAAUACGCGGUCAUGAAAGAGAAACAAGUCGACAAGAUCAGUGUGCCAAAAGGUGCUCAAGACAUCGACUUCCUCAAUACUCUUGGUAUGCCUGGUCUCACAGCCUAUUUCGGCAUCAAAGAGAUUUGCGACAUCAAACCUGGCGACAAGAUGAUUGUUUCUGGUGCUGCAGGUGCGGUCGGCUCAGUUGCAUGCCAAUUGGGAAAACGGGCUGGCGCAAAGGUUUACGCGAUUGCUGGCUCAAAAGAGAAAUGCGAAUGGCUUGAGAGGGAGCUGGGGGUCGACCGUGCAUUCAACUACAAAAGCACUUCGUUCCGGAAAGAUCUCAAAGAGGUUGGUUAUAUCGAUGUCUACUUCGACAAUGUUGGGGGCGACAUCUUGGACUUGAUUUUAACAAGGCUGAACAUAGGCGCGCGAAUUGCGCUGUGCGGCGCGAUCUCACAAUAUAACGCCGCAAAACCGAAGGGGCUUCAAAACUAUCUAACUCUGAUAGCUAUGCGUGCCAAAAUCCAAGGAUUCAUCAUUUUCGACUACACCGCCAAAUUCCCCGCUGCCAUUGAAGAAAUGGCCGGUGCGCUGGCAGAUGGAUCUCUCAAGAGCAAGUUCCAUGUCGUUGAGGGCAUUGAACAGGCUCCUGUGGCCUUACCUUGGCUGUUCAGUGGGAAGAACAAUGGGAAGCUGCUUGUUAAGGUCCAAACUGAGCCUUCAGCCAAGUUGUAA